AUGGGAGCAGCAUCCUCUGAUGAAUCAACAGGCAAUGACCACCAUGUUGAGCUUCUUAGCACAAUGUUAAUGCGGAGCGGGAAAACUCCCAUACACAGAUACAAACAUGGAUUCUCAGGAUUUGCAACCCAUUUAUCAGAAGAUGAAGCACGCCUCAUGGCCGAGCAACCAGGAGUGGUCUCUGUCUUUCCUGAUCUGAUGUUACCUCUCCACACAACUCGUUCAUGGGACUUCUUGGUUCAAGAAAGUUACCAAAGAGACAGUACAUACUUCACUGAAAUAAACUCUCAACCAGAGCUAGACGGUGCAGUAGGAGACACUAUUAUAGGCUUCAUUGAUUCAGGAAUCUGGCCUGAGGCAGAGAGCUUUAACGACAAGCACAUGCGACCAGUACCAGAUAGAUGGAAAGGUACUUGCAUGAGAGGGAAGAAGACAGAACCUGAUGCUUUCCGUUGCAACAGGAAACUCAUAGGAGCAAGAUACUACAACUCAUCAUUCCUCUUAGACCCGGAUUAUGAAACACCACGAGACUUCUUGGGACAUGGAACACACGUGGCAUCAAUAGCAGCAGGGAGAAUAAUCUCUGACACAUCCUACUAUGGCCUAGCAGGAGGAAUCAUGAGAGGAGGAUCACCAACUUCAAGGAUAGCUAUGUACAGAGCAUGCUCACUCCUUGGCUGCCGUAGCUCCAGCAUCCUGGCUGCAUUUGAUGAUGCCAUAGCAGAUGGAGUUGAUGUUAUAUCGAUAUCUAUGGGAUUGUUUAUUGAUAACUUGCUUGAAGAUCCGCUUUCCAUAGGUUCAUUUCAUGCUGUGGAAAGAGGGAUCACUGUUGUUUCCUCUGCAGGUAAUCUUGGACCUUCGAGUCAAUCAGUGGUUAAUGCUGCUCCAUGGAUGAUCACUGUUGGUGCAAGUACUAUUGACCGUGGCUUUGAGUCUAACAUUAUUCUGGGAGGACUAGAUGACAUCAGAAUGAUCAAGGGUGCUGGAAUAAAUAUAGCCAAUAUUGAUAGAACUCAAUCUUACCCUAUUAUACAUGCAAGAUCAGCCAAGACGAUUGGUGCUAAUGAGGACUCUGCUAGGAACUGUGCGGGUAACACGAUGAACAGAACCAUAGUUGAAGGAAAGAUAGUAGUGUGUGACAAUGAUUAUGGUAACCAGGCGAUCCAAUGGAAGAGUGAAGAGGUUAAAUCACUUGGUGGUACUGGUGUGAUAGUUAUUGACGACAAGUCAAUGGAUCUGUCUUAUAUUGAUCCCUCCUUUCUAGUGACAAUAGUAAAACAAGUGGAGGGGCUAGAAAUCAUGUCCUACAUAAACUCAACAAGAGAACCGAUAGCAAUGUUCAUGCCAACAAGAUCAAGAACAGGACAUGAAUUAGCACCAUCCAUACCAUCUUUCUCAUCAAGAGGUCCUUACAUGCUUACCAAAAGCAUCCUCAAGCCUGAUAUUGUAGCUCCAGGGGUCAACAUACUAGCAUCUUGGGUAAUAGGUGACUUAAAUGCAGCACCACAAGGCAAGGAACCGCCACUUGUCAACAUUGAAUCAGGUACUUCAAUGUCAUGUCCUCAUGUCUCAGGGAUAGCCGCUCGUCUCAAAUCUGAAAACCCUUCAUGGAGUCCUGCAGCAAUAAGAUCUGCCAUCAUGACAACAGGUAAAAACUCAGUUAAAGAUUACAGAAUCAUCAUAACCCUUUGUAUUAACACUAUAUCUGUAUCUGCAGCCGUGCAAAUGACCAACACAGGAUCACAUAUAACUACAGAAACAGGAGACAAGGCCACACCUUAUGACUUUGGUGCUGGUCAGGUUACCAUAUUUGGACCUUCCUCACCUGGACUGGUUUAUGAAACCAGUCAAACAGACUACCUGAACUUCCUCUGCUAUAUCAGCUUCACUUCUGAUCAGAUCAGAAGGAUCUCAAACCGUAUACCACAAGGCUUUGCUUGUCCUGAACAAAGCAAUAAGGGAGACAUAUCUAACAUCAACUACCCAUCAAUCUCAGUUUCAAACUUCAAUGUAGAAGAAACCAGAAGGGUAACCAGAACAGUGACUAACGUAGGAUCACGCUUCACUGGAGAGGAAGAUACUGUAUACAAUGUAACCAUCGAUGCACCAAAAGGGUUACGAGUCAGAGUGAUACCAAGAAGUCUACACUUCAAGAAGAUAGGAGAUAAACUAAGCUACCAAGUGAUAUUUUCAUCUUCUACAUCUACACUUCAAGAAGAUGCGUUUGGUUCAAUCACAUGGUCCAAUGAAAUGUACAGAGUUAGGAGUCCGUUCGUUGUAACUAGCAAAGCUGAUAUAUAA